GUCACGCACUGAACGACCCCAACCGACUUAGUAGUAGAAAAAUCACUCGGAAAGAAAAAUUCUGAUACGACGAAAAGUUCAAGUGCAUCUGCGAUCUAAUGUGUACAACAGUAUAAAAUUGCAUUCCAUGAAGAAAUAAGUUCAAAUAAAAACAAAUAAACAUCACACAUAAACUAUUAAAAAUUAAAUAAUUGUCUAAAACAUACCUGUGCAACAAUAUAAAGUCCAUUAGAGAAAUUUAAUUAGCAACACCAUUAACUUUGCUAUCGUCAUCAUUACCUAGUGCAGGCAGGAAAAGUGCAACACACCACCGGCAAGCAAGCAAUUGGCAGUAACGAUACCCAUCACAGCAGCUGGGAUAGAAUUUGAAGUGAAACGAGCCAUGGCGGGGUCGGAACAUGAUAAUGUCUUUAUUUUCGUACCAAACGUAAUUGGAUAUGCACGCAUUGUAUUGGCACUGAUUGCUUUCUGGUUCAUGUCAACAAAUUAUGUUAUUGCAGGCUGGUGUUAUGUCAUUAGUGCACUCCUAGAUGCAGUCGAUGGGCAUGCGGCGCGUGCUUUUAAUCAAAGUACACGUUUUGGUGCCAUGUUGGAUCAAUUAACUGAUCGAUGCGGCACCAUGGGAUUGUUGGUGACACUCAGCUACUUUUAUCCGAAGUAUAUAUUCUGGUUCCAAGUGUCAAUAGCCAUAGAUGUCGCCUGCCAUUGGCUGUACAUGCAGACGAGCGUCAUGGUUGGCAAAACAUCCCACAAAUCAUUCAAUGUCAAUGAAAAUGUGAUAAUGCGCACCUAUUAUCAAAAAAAUGUACUCACAUUUAUGUGCUGUGCAAAUGAACUUUUUUACGUUUGCUUAUAUCUCCUGUAUUUCACAUAUGGACCAUUAAUCUUUGGACUUUCACUUUUUAAACUUCUGGCUCUCGCUAUGGCUCCAUUUGCUCUGCUGAAGUCAUUUAUCUCCUGUCUACAUGCCUACGUAGCCAGCAUUGAUUUAGUCGCAUUGGAUGUGCGUGAACGUGAAGCCAAGCGUCAGAAGGAAGAUGGAAAGAAGGCAGAAUAGAUUUGCAUAUAAUCAUAUACGAGUAUAUCGAAUUACGAAAGAAAACGCUUUUCCUGAAAAGUGUGGUUGUUAUUAGUUAUGAUCUGAUUUAAUUUAUUUUAUUUUAUAUGCAGUAAUUUUUAAUUUUUUUUUUAGUGAUUUUAUUAGUUAUUAUGAAGUCUUAAAUGUACCUUAGUGUUAUAUUCUUGGAUAUAGUGACGUUAAUAGCCCAUAUUUCUUAGUAAAGUUUUAUAAAAAGUGAAACACUAUAAACUUCCAGCCUUUUGUUGGCGCUGUAGUAUUUUUUGUUGGCAUAAUUGAUAUACGAGUAUGUAAGUAAAGGUAGAGUAAAGUAGAAGUAAAAAUGUGUGUAAUGAUUUACUAAAUAACUGCAUGCUAUCACCAUUAAUUGUGGAAAACCCGCAUUUUUUUUAACAAAUAUAACUUCGUUGUUUAUAAAUGUGUACAAAAAAUAUUAGAAAAGUGGCAAACCCAAAACUACCAAAAUAGAUGUAACAGAAUGUAGCCAUGGUGGGCGGAUACUUGAAUUUGGAUCCAAUGUAAGAUGAAGAGAAUUUCAAAUUAAGAAUUGAACUAUAAGUGUUAACCAUCACAAAUACUAAUACCACUUAACAUUUGUAACUUUUCAACUAUGAUAAUUGUAAUCAUACUAGCUGAAGUAAACUACUUUUUAUGUAAUAUGCUUAUGUAUGCACUAGAAAAGAAUCAGGUUAAACAAAGGAGGAUCGAGGUUGAAAUUAUUGAAUGUUAAGAAGGUGGUCCUCCAAUUGUAACCUAAUCAAAUACGUAAGAAAUAAAAUUUCAUGUUUCAAAGCA